AACUGUAUAACACUAUAUACUAUACUUUCAUUCAUUCAUUUUCUACCGCUUAUCCUCAUGACCGUUGCAGGGGGUGCUGGAGCCUAUCCCAGUUGGCACAUAUAGACAAACAACCAUUCACACUCACAUUCAUACCUAUGGACAAUUUGGAGUCACCAAUUAACCUUGCAUGUUUUUGGAAUGUGGAAGGAAAACGGAGUACACAGAGAAAACCCGUGAGGAACAUGCAAACUCCACACAGAGGUGGCCGAGAGUGGAAUUGAACUCGGAUCUCCUAGCUGUGCUAGGUCUGCAUGCUAACCACUCAUCCGCCAUGCAGCCCUUAUGUACUUUACUUGAAAUAUGAAAUAUAUUUUAUAUAAAUACACUGAUUUCAUGAAGAUUGCAUGUUUUUUUCCAAUAAAAUUUUAAAGUUUCAUGAACGUUCCUAUCUUUAAAAGGUCAAAACAGCAAGACGUUUCUCAUUAUGGUGGCCAAAAUGAGACCCACCAUGCACGUACUGUAUAUAGCUCCGCCAUUGUUCCAAAUUGACUAACUGCUUAAAGUGACACAAGCCGACUUUUUUUUGUCAUUUUAGAUCAAUCUGUGUGUGAAUUUUAAGGGCUAAAUAACAUUUGAGUCUACUUUUUUUAUAUAUAGAUAUGGGUGUCAGAUAUCCCCCACGGCCCACCCCCUCCUCGUCACAAAACCACCCCCGCCGCCACCCUUCCUAGUCCUCUUCAAGAUCCGACAGGAAGAAGACAGAAGCACAACUUUCCAAGAACGAAUUCGGCGAUAAACACACUUGAGCAGUCAGCCAUGGCUAAUGAACUUGAGGACGUGAGAAAGGAGUUUGUGGGUAAAGUGUCCAUGGCCGUCAUCGACCAGCUUCUGGAUGAUCUUUUGGAUGACAAAGUCUUGAAUGCCGGGGAACGCGAGGCAGUACUUGAGGAGAACAAAAGCAAAUCAAACAAGGCUCGUAUGCUCAUUGACACCGUGAGGAACAAAGGUGAUGAUGCAAGCUGGAAGAUGAUUGCUCACCUUCAAGAAAACGACCCAAAGCUCUUCACGACGUUGGGCCUCCCCGCUCAGCCAGGCGCCUCUCAGGGGGAACGAAGCUGGUCAACUACGCUCGUCAACUGUCCAAAGAAAUUCUGGAAUUCAAAAAAGAAUAAUGAAAAGAUUUAUCCCGUGACUCCAGAGUCCAGCAAGAGCCGCGUGGCCCUGCUCAUCACCAACAUCAAAUUCAGGGAUGAAGGAUUAAACCGAGAUGGAGCUGAAGCAGAUGAGAAGAACAUGGAGAUGUUGUUGCGGGCUUUUGGUUACCAUGUGGUGAAAUACACAAACCUCACAGGAAAGCAAAUAGAUCAGGCCGUCCAGGACUUCUCCAGGCAUUCCAAACUCAAAGACACAGACAGCGUUUUUGUGGUGAUCAUGUCUCACGGGAAACUGGGAUAUGUUCUUGGUGUCAACUGGCACAAGGACCAAACCCUGGAGGGUGCCGCCGAGGAAGAAGAUUUGUUCUGUAUUGAUAACAUUUUCCAGCACCUGGCAUCAGACAAGUGUAAAGCACUGCUGAAUAAACCCAAGGUCAUCAUCAUCCAGGCCUGCAGAGGAGAGGAGAAAGGGUCGGUGCUCGUUAGGGAUAACGCACAGAAGAUGCUGGCGUGUGAUAACGUCGAAGCUGGUGACGACAACUUGGUGGAUGAUGGGCUGCGAGCUGUGCACAAAGAGAAGGAUUUCAUUGCUCUUCUCUCUUGCACCCCUGGUACCGUGUCAUACAGACACCCAGUGACCGGCUCCGUCCUUAUUCAGUAUGUUGUUGACGUGCUGAACACUUGUUCACAUGAGGAACACAUUGAAGAGCUUUUCACUAUGGUCUUGGAACGCUUUGAAAAGUUUGUCUCCGUGUACAGAGGACAGAUGCCAAAUAAACACAGAGUGUCUUUGACAAAACACUUCUACCUGUUCCCAGGUAUCUGAGAACUGAUUGUUUGAUCACUCAACAUAUUUCUUUUAUGAUUUUCUGGCAUGGAAACACUCAUUUUUAAUCAUGUAACUUUACUUAUUGUUGUAAAAAGAGGAAAUCAUGAACUUUUUAAGUGCUUGUAAGACACUAGACACUGCCAUCCUUGACGCAGAUGUCAAUAUUUCACUACUACUUACCAUUGAAGAUUGUCGUCUUGUUUUUCCCAUGAAAUAUUAAAAUACACACAAUGAAUAUUGUUACCACA